AUGUCAUGCAAAGAAGAAGUAAAAAACGAAGAAGCAUCAGCAAAUUCACCGACUUCAACAGCGAAAGAGGCAAAGAAAGGAAAAUCUCCCGUUUCCAAGCCAGCCCCAUCGCAAUCUUUCGAUGUAGAUGCAGAAACAUGGGAUUUUUUCGGUCCAUCAUCGAUAUCAAGGCUACUUUUAAAGCUUUUGUUUCUUGUGCGAAUAACGUCGGGUUUUUACAAUAAUAUCUACGAUUGUGAUGAGGUUUUCAACUACUGGGAGCCUUUGCAUCUUUUCUUGUACGGAAGCGGCUUGCAGACAUGGGAAUAUUCGCCCGACUAUGCACUUAGAUCAUACAUCUACAUCUUCCUUCACGCGAUCCCGGGAUAUUUGUUCAAAAAUUUCCCCGUAAACAAAGUGGUUGUUUUCCUUUUGAUACGAAUUUUGAUCUCACUCUUCACUUUCUUGGCCGAAUAUCUCCUUUUCCAAUCGAUCAAGCGAUUCUCCGAAAAAACGGCUCAAUAUUUUCUGAUUCUCAACACUUUCUCUGUUGGAAUGUUUAUAUCGAGUUCUGCCUUUUUGCCUUCUUCAUUUUCAAUGACGAUGAAUAUGUUGAUCAUUGCCGGUUAUCUGACGGAGAAAUGGUUCCUUUCUGUACUUGCCACAUGUGUGUCGGCGUUUGUCGGAUGGCCGUUUGCGGCGAUUUUCGGGAUUCCGAUCGUUUUCGAUAUGUUGCUUCUUCGGGAUAAUCGUCAUCGCUUUCUCUUCACUGCUUAUUCGAUCUUUUCUGCAUGCAUCGUUGGUGGACUAAUGAUUACAUUUGACUCGUUUUACUAUGGAAAAUUGGCCUUUGCUCCUUUGAAUAUUGUAUUGUACAAUGUUAUCUCAGGACAUGGACCAGAGCUUUACGGAGUCGAACCUGUUAGCUUUUACAUUAAGAAUCUGAUCCUCAAUUGGAAUAUUGCAAAUUUGUUUGCUGUAAUCAGUUUACCGAUUGUUUGCUACAGAAAUUGCGCCUUUAACAGAAAAACGACAUUUCCACUCUUGUACUUGACGUUUUGUGCGUGGAUCGCCAUCUUUUUCCUGACACCACAUAAAGAAGAACGUUUCCUUUUCCCGCUUUAUCCGAUGGUUUCGCUGUUUGCCGCAUUGGCAUUGGAUGCAAUUGAUAGGUACUUUGACAAACAAAAACGCUCCUUUUUCUCCAUCGGAUACCUUGUUUUGGCCCUUUUCACAAUUAUCUCAGCGUUUCGAUUAAUGGGAUUACAUAAACACUACUUUGGAGCUCAUCAGUUAUAUCGAGAAAUGAAUGAUCAUUUCAUUGAAGAUAGAGAAAGUUUCGAUUUUUGUGAAAAAGAGAAAACGGUGAGGAUUUGCGUGGGAAAAGAGUGGCACCGUUUUCCUUCUUCAUUUUUCUUACCUGAAGCGAUUUACGACGUGAAGAAUUGUUCUGCAAAAACGGAGCUAAGCUUUCUAAAAAGCGAGUUUCGUGGUCUUUUACCGAAAGCAUGGAUUUCAUUGGAUAAUCUUCAAGAAAUGACCUCAACAAUACCUACAAGAAUGAAUGAUGAAAAUAAAGAAGAGAAUGACCGAUAUGUCCCAUUGGAAACGUGUGACUAUGUAAUUGACGUCGAGAAGCCGAAUCCGACGGAGCUUGAGCCGAAUUUUGGAGAAAUUAAAUCUCUGACCGCGAUUCGAUCCUUCGAAUACCUUCUACAAGAGAGUUGCCCACUUCUUCGACCAAUUUUGGUCCCAUUUCUCGACGAGCGUCUUUGUAAAUAUGUUAACUACACCCUCUACAGAAAAACGAGUCAAGUGAAGCCU